AUGGCCCUCACGGAACUCAAGAACAGUGCCGACCCUGUUCAGCUAUUCCAAGUGGACUAUGCCCUGCAGGCGCCGCGGUAUAUAAUAGGCGACGAGUCGACUCAGCAAGCAGUCUUGCGGUUUGGUGGAGGAGUUGCCAUGGCAGUAUCGGGAGUCGGCAGUGUCUGCAAGUUGGAUCCGGCCAAGCUUCAUAGCAGUAUCAGCAUACUUCAUCAAGCGGCGAUGCAGACGUAUGAGGGUACAGAGUCGGUCUUGGAGGGCAUGAGGGUGUCGCAGAAGGAUAGUAAUGAGAUUAUCUUGUUCCUGUUCACCCUGUGCAUCCACAGCCACCUGGACUUCCUGGGCUGCCUGUAG